UAAUGAACUUUCAAGUCAAGUGCUAGACAUAAGACGUGUUUACCAAUGUUGUAAAGCGCUUGUUCCCUCAAGACGUGUACCUCUCCCAAAGCACCCUCAAGGAAUCCCUCAGAGAUUAUCUGGAGGAAAU